CCUGGUCAGGCUCAUGGUGUGUCAAUCGCUUGACCCCUGAAUCUCAGUAUCACUGUCCCAAUUUUCGAUCUUAUAGAAAUCUCCGGAGUCCCUCUCGCCACUUGCAUCUUACCGAAUCCGCACCAAGCCUUCUAGAAGUACAAAACUGAUUCAAAGGGGAACGGCUCCAACUCACUGUUAGUGAUAUCUCUGCUUGAAUUGUUGACGAUUGGGCACAAUAAUUCGAGUACGAUGGAAUCCACCACACUGCACCAUCCCGGGUGGGCAGCGGCCCCUUCUUCCGCCUCAAGUGAUCCUUUUUCACAAUAUCAGCAUGAUAAAUACGAAGACGUUUACAGUGUCCUAGACCAGACCACGGGCCUCCCUCACCUGCUCAAUCCAAACUCGCUUUCUACAACCGAUGCCUCGAAACACAAUGCGCAAACAACUUUCGCAACUACCCGUGGCGAAUUGACUCAAGUGGGCUCUACUUCUGCAGAUGAAAUUUCGCAGGAAACUUUGUGGCCUUGGGAACAAUUGCAAUUGGACGCUUUACAACAAGAAGAUCGGCCACUCUUUGGUCAAGAUACAUUGCAGUCAAUCUGGACAGAUGUCGAGUCGAGUAUAGAAGCUCCAUAUGAACUGGUGAAAGCUGGUGACAACAGCACCACACGACCAAUGAUCAAUAAUGACUUUGCGAAACGUAGGCGUGGCAGACCCAGACUAUACCCUUCGCCCACCGGACUAAAUGACUUCGAUGUCACUUCAGAUACAGUUCCAGAAUUACGCAAGUCUCAACUCGAAAAGAAUCGCCUCGCGGCCGAGAAAUGUCGACGGCGCAGGAAAGAGUACAUUGCUGGGCUUCUGGCAGAAGCGUCAACAGCAUCCUCUAAGAACGAAGCCCUAAAGGCAGAGGUAGCCUCUCUACGUGAGGAGCUGCUAAACAUCAAAAAUGAAAUUCUGCGCCAUGCUGGAUGCGGAUCCCCUAUCAUUGAUGGAUAUAUUGCUAGAACUGCAGGAACUCAGCUCAAUGCCGAGGCCACAUCCAGAGUACUGCCACGCCGGGACUCAGGUCAGGAAUCAAGCGAUGGACGAUCGGACGUUACUCCAAAAGAUCCUGCAACUGAAAAAGAGUCUGCAGCACUUUCUAACCUAGAUAAACCGAGCUUCAACAUGAGCAAAUAUGUAUACGAUGUCGACGUGUUCGAGCUCCUUGACGAGUUUGUGCACACGGGGGAAGAUAACUGAGGGGAAUCUUGAAGGAUCAAUCGAGAGUGAAGUUUUCCGGUGUUCGGGAGAUCAUCGAAUGAAGACUUUUCAAACCAGAAAUAUGGAGAUAAGUGACU